ACUCCUCUCCCUGUCGUCUGUCAGUGUCUCCUCACACAUGGCGGCCUGCAGGGCUGGUUCGCGCUGCAGUUCGCAGGUGGAUGGAGCCUCCGAGCAGCCGAGCGGGGCGGGCAGCUCCUCCCUCCUCGCCAGCGCCACGACGUGGCCCCUGAAGCGCUACGGCCGCUUCCUGUCCCCGACGGACAAGGAGGACGGGGAGCGAAGCGAUCGCUCCUGGCAGGUUUUUGAAUCAAAUGAGGAGUCUGGUCAUCUUAUCCUUACCAUUGUUGUUUCUGGCCAUUUCUUUAUUUCCCAAGGAAGAACAGUACUGGAGGGCUUCUCAUUAAUUGAUUCCCAGAAGUGGUUAAGGAUUGCAAGACGAGCAGACUGCCUGCUGCUUCAUGCUCAGUCAAAGAACGAAUGCCGCAUGUUCCGGGUUCAGUUUGGUGGGGAUUCAGAAGAGCAGACGCUGGAGCACUGCUGCAGCUGCGUCCAGAAACUCACAGAGUAUGUGCCAGUUCACGAGGCUGAUGAACUAAGCCAGAACCUCUGUUACAGUCACAGCCAAGUUGAGGAUACCGAACAAAAUACAUCAGCUCUACAUGUAGCAGAUGAGCCUCUGCCAGAUUCCUUCACAAACUUUGGAGAAAGAAGAUCCACAAUGCAGCUAGCACAGGUAACAAGGAAAGAUCAAAUAGUUUGGGUCCUGCAAGUGAAACUCAGGUGCAGAGAAAGCUGUUUCGUGCUAAUGCCGAAGGAAAAACCUGACGUAGCUGCAUCGUUACAAAACCCACGUGGCGCUACCUUGUCUGUACGAGAUCAGUGCAACAGCUGUGUUGUUCCUUUGCAGUCUGUGCUAAGUCACGAGUUGGAGCUGCCCCUGGUGUACCGGCAUUCAGCGUGGAGCGCACGAGACCUGGGACCCUUCAUCCGCUUAUGCCUGAUGGACCAGCACUUCCCAGCCUUUGUGGAGGACGUGGAGAAGGAACUGAAAAAGCUGACGGAAGGCUGA